AGAUUAGGGCACGAGUUCGUGCUGCUCCGCUUCUCUCGUCGAUUCACCGAAUGGGCGCGGAAGAGCAGCAGCAGAGGGCCAACGGAGGUGACAGGAUUGGGGGCUCGAGGCCGACGCCCAUCUCCGAGUCUCAAUUCCUGAUAUGGAAGCGCCGAAAGGAUGCUGAAACAGCAGCAAGAAAAGCUGAAGUUGCUCAGAAACGUGCGGAAGAUAUAGCUGCUGGAACGGUGCAGAUGAAUGGUCGUGAGCUUUUCCUCCGUGAACCCUGGGUAUUUGAUAACACCCGUUACUGACGUUCCAAAGGUCUUUGAUUACCAAAGGUGGGAAAGAAUGUAGUCUUCUAAGAGAAUUUUAGGCUGCAUGCGUGCGGGGAGAUAAAAGAAAGAUUCGAAGGGUUAAGCUUGAAGAGCGCUUCAUUGUACUUCCAAAUUUACUACCUGUAUUUACGUUUCUGUAUCUUUAUAUAUGCCAUUAUAAUUGUCUCCGACAUUGAAGAAUGCAUCCUCGUUAAUUCUCUAAUCAUAUGCACUGGAAUCAUAUAUUUGCGA